GGGAGUUUCCGGUCCCGUCCCGAAGGGGGUUGGGUGUUGUCCCCUUCUUCUACCUCCUCGGAGGGCUCCGACUCGCUGUCUGAUAUGGUGAAGUUUGCAGCCAUUGUGACAUCUGGGGAAAUGGCGGUACUGCAUCAAAAACCGACAUCAGUGUGUAAAGGAUAUCACCACAUGGGCUCAGGAACACUUCAGAAAACCACAGUUCGUCGCUACGUCUGAGGAGGAGAGGAGGCGCAGCGCAUUGAGCCGCUCAAUGGGCCGCGGAAGGGAGGGAUGAGCACAUGCGGGGAGGAUGAUCCACUGACUGAAUGAACCAACCGAGCUGGGCUAGCUUUGCAAAUACGGUUUGACCCCGCCCUGAGUGGACCUAAGGCGUCUUCCUGCAGAGUCCAGUUGUCAGGCAGGCUGCACCACCUGAACUGGAUCCAGCAGCCAUGUCGAAGCCUCCUUCCUAUCGCAUCCCUUCUUUCCCCUUCCUUUUCUUUGCCUCUUUAGUUUUCCUCCUAACCUGCUCUGGAUCCGUCCAAGCACACUCACCUCAGAACUGCUCAGCCAAGGGCGACCCGUGUCAAGAUGGUGUGCUGCUGCCUGUGUGGAAUCCCCAGAACCCUUCGGUGGGCGACAAAGUGGCACGGGCCAUUGUUUACUUUGUUGCGCUCGUCUAUAUGUUCCUAGGCAUGAGCAUAAUAGCAGACAGAUUCAUGUCCUCCAUAGAGGUCAUAACAUCCCAGGAGAAAGAGAUAACAAUAAAGAGGCCCAACGGCGAGACUACCACCACCACUGUAAGGAUCUGGAAUGAGACAGUCUCCAAUCUGACCCUCAUGGCGCUGGGCUCGAGUGCACCUGAGAUUCUGCUGUCUGUCAUCGAGGUGUGCGGUCACGGCUUCACAGCGGGAGCUCUGGGCCCGAGCACAAUCGUGGGCAGCGCCGCCUUCAACAUGUUUGUCAUUAUCGCGCUGUGCGUCUAUGUGGUGCCCGAUGGCGAGACGCGCAAGAUUAAACACCUGCGGGUUUUUUUCGUCACGGCCGCCUGGAGCAUCUUUGCGUAUAUUUGGUUGUACCUCAUUCUCAGCGUCUUCUCUCCUGGCCGGGUGGAGCUGUGGGAGGCGGUGCUGACCUUCCUAUUCUUCCCCCUGUGCGUGGUCCAAGCCUGGGUGGCCGACCGCCGCCUCCUCUUCUACAAGUAUGCCCGCAAGCGUUACCGCGCCGACAAGCACCGAGGUGUCAUCAUUGAGACGGAAGGGGGACCGGAUGGAGGCGGGAGCGGGGUGCUGGGCCCGGGCGGCUUCACCAAGAUGGACAUGCUGGAACUGGAUGGCCAGAUGGUGCUCAACUGCAGUGGGAUGGACGGCGGAAUGAUGGAAGAGGGAGGGGCUAAGGAUGAGGAGGAUGAGGCUCGGCGGGACAUGGCGAGGACUCUAAAGGACCUCAAACAGCGGCACCCAGAUAAAGACAUGGAACAGCUAAUUGAAAUGGCCAACUAUCAGGUUCUGAUGCAGCAACAGAAGAGCCGAGCGUUCUAUCGUAUCCAAGCAACCAGGAUGAUGAUCGGAGCCGGCAACAUCCUCAAGAAGCAUGCUGCAGACCAGGCUCGCAAGGUGGUGAGCAGCCACGAGAUUCAAACCCAAGAGGAUGACCCGCACACGGUCAGGCUGGAGUUCGAGCCCCCUUUGUACCAGUGCUUCGAGAACUGCGGCUCUCUCAAGCUGACCGUCUCCAGACACGGAGGAGAUGCUGGAGUCACCGUCAAGGUGGAUUAUCGCACUGAGGAUGGCACGGCCAACGCCGGCUCAGAUUACGAGUUUGCAGAGGGAACACUUUUGUUCAAGCCUGGCGAGACUCUCAAAGAGAUCACUGUGGGGGUGAUUGAUGACGACAUCUUUGAGGAAGAUGAGUACUUCUACGUGCAUCUGAGCAAUCCCCGACUGGUGGGCUACCCGGAGAUCAACACCUCCCCUCAGGACGCGAGCUCCACCCCCAAGGCGGUGCUGGGUGACAACCACACUGCCACCGUGACCAUUUAUGACGACGACCAUGCUGGUAUUUUCACCUUUGAGAUGGCCAGUCAGCGAGUGAGCGAGAGCAUUGGUGUGAUGGAGGUGAAGGUGCUGAGGACAUCUGGCGCCCGGGGCCUGGUGGCUGUCCCUUACCGAACGUUGGACGGCACUGCCAGAGGGGGCGAGGACUACGAGAUGGCGGCUGGCAAGCUGGAGUUCCAAAACGACGAGACCAUGAAAAUCAUCGAGGUGAAGAUUAUCGACGACGAGGAGUACGAGAAGAACAAGGCCUUCACCAUCGAGCUGGGCGAGCCUUUGCUCUUGGAGAUCGGACAGAAGCAUGGAGACUCUAACGAGAACAAACCUGUAGUUGGAGCGGAGGAGGAGGAAGUGGCCAAGAUGGGCUGUCCCAGUCUUGGCGAGAACACACACCUGGAAGUCAUCAUCGAGGAGUCUUACGAGUUUAAGAGAGCUGUGGAUGUGCUUAUGGAGCGUAAAAGAAAGAGUACAGUGGACAAGAUGAUCAAGAAGACAAAUCUGGCAUUGGUGGUGGGCAGCAGCAGCUGGAGGGAGCAGUUUGUCAGUGCAGUGACUGUCAGUGCAGGAGACGACGACGACGAGGAGAGCGGUGAGGAGCGCCUCCCGUCGUGCUUCGACUACAUCAUGCACUUCCUCACAGUCUUCUGGAAGGUUCUGUUCGCCUUUGUGCCGCCCACCGAGUACUGGAACGGCUGGGCCUGCUUCUUUGUCUCCAUCUCGCUCAUCGGCGUCCUGACGGCGGUCACCGGGGACUUGGCGUCGCACUUCGGCUGCACGGUGGGACUGAAGGACUCUGUGACGGCUGUGGUGUUUGUGGCGCUGGGCACGUCAGUGCCAGAUACAUUCGCCAGCAAGGUGGCAGCCAUCCAGGACCAGUACGCCGACGCAUCCAUCGGCAACGUGACGGGUUCCAACGCCGUCAACGUCUUCCUGGGCAUCGGCGUGGCCUGGACCAUCGCCGCCGUGGCCUGCCGUGCCCGCGGAAAGCCCUUCCUGGUAGACCCGGGCAACCUGGCCUUCUCUGUCACCCUCUUCACCAUCCUGGCGUCAGUGUGCGUGGUGGCGUUGCUGUACCGGCGGCGGCCGGCAGUGGCCGGCGGCGAGCUGGGCGGCCCGCGGACUUGCAAGCUGUUGACGUCGCUGUUCUUUGUGUCGCUGUGGCUCGUCUACAUCGUACUGGCCUCGCUGGAGGCCUACUGCGGUCUUCCCAGCUUCUAGAGAAACACGGGAAGACUGAAGGGGCUGAUGGAACUGACUGUGCCAAGGUAGUAGUAGAAGAAGAAGAAGAAGAAGUUGCACCCGUGACGUGCGGUGAGGUUCAUGUCUGGUGAGGCACUCAGAUUUACACAUACGCCCCUCAAGUAUGGCUGAAAACUGACAACUUCCCCUCAUGACCUUUAUUGUCCGUUCAGCAAGUAUAUCGACGUCACACAUGUAGACAGAACGUAAACAUCACAUUGUUUUUAACUGAUUUUGAUCAGGAAAUGCGCAAAUUUCACUAUUUUUACUUCGGAAAAUGUUAAAUUAUUGGGGAUGUGCAUAAAAUCGAUUUAUAACACAUGUCAGUGGACGAAUAUUGUAAUAAUAUAUUAAGAUGUAUAUAUAAAUAUAUACAAAUAUAUAUGGUAUUUAUUUAUGUUAUCAGUUAGUUUUGGGUUUUCCCCAAUGAGGCCUCCCCCGACCGCACGUCACUGACUUGCAUGCACCAGCAAGCAACCAAACUUUGAAGUGAAGGUAGAAAAAUGAUAUUAUGAUCCAUCAUUGACAUUUUAACUCCAAACACAAUUAUGAUUUUCAUCAUUAUUUAUUUUUAAAAGUGAUCCUGCUGAAGGAGCCUUGGAAGGACAUAUGUAACCCCACCCAUCCUAACAUCUGACUCCACCCACAUUUAAUUGCUGUUUAAUCGGUGUUGUUGGUGUGCAACUGUCAAGAAAAACACUAUGCUGAGACGGCAGCUUUAAGCGGAUGAACAUGAAGACGGUGAAGAAGUGAUGUAUGUGGGAACAAGACACUACUUCCCUGUGUGCCCUCAGACUUAAAGAGGAGUUGCGGAAAAAUAUAGAAGUACAAUCGCAACCAAUAUUCCACUUUUUUUUUCCAAUGUGUGUUUAAUUUUCACCUCUUUGCUGCGUGGGAUCACCUCGGACCACGAGGCACCGUGGAAAAUAUCCAGGGCGUACUCACACCAGGCCAAUCUUACCGGAUUGCCCACGAACGCGGCACGAAUAAUCAGUAUGAUAAAAAGGGGAUUUAUGGCUCUUUGAAACGAGCCAGACCUUCAGAAACCAUUCUUUUAAAAGAGCUGUUCAAAAAACUGGCUCAUUUCGUGUUUCUUUUUUUUUCCGUCCCUCUUCACAUUGCGCUUCAAAUCGCACAUUUCUUGUGUAUUUUUUAUGUUUUAUUUUAAAGCAUAUUCUAAAAAAAUAUUGGUUCAAACUUAAAGAUUUACAAGCAUACAUACGACUAAAAAUAUCAAUACUUCAGUAGUAUUGGCUACUAGAGGACACCAAACCACUGAUUGGCUAAGCCUCAGGCAGCGGGACUAUAUUGGAUUUAGAGUGUAAAGAUGAAAAUCCAUCCAUCCAUUUUCUUCCGCUUAUCCGAGGUCGGGUCGCGGGGGCAGCUGUAAGCAGGAAAGCCCCGACUUCCCUCUCCCCAGCCACUUCGUCCAGCUCUUCCUGGGGGAUCCUGAGGCGUUCCCAGGCCAGCCGGGAGACAUAGUCUUCCCAACGUGUCCUGGGUCUUCCCCGUGGCCUCCUACCGGUUGGACGUGCCCUAAAAACCUCCCUAGGGAGGCAUUCGGGUGGCAUCCUGACCAGAUGCCCGAACCACCUCAUCUGGCUCCUCUCGAUGUGGAGGAGGGCGGCUUUACUUUGAGUUCCUCCCGGAUGGCAGAGCUUCUCACUCUAUCUCUAAGGGAGAGCCCCGCCACACGGCAGAGGAAACUCAUUUCGGCCGCUUGUACCCUUGAUCUUAUCCUUUCGGUCAUGACCCACAGCUCAUGACCAUAGGUGAGGAUGGGAAUGUAGAUCAACUGGUAAAUUGAGAGCUUUGCCUUCCGGCUCAUCUCUUUCUUCACCACAACGGAUCGAUACAACGUCCGCAUUACUGAAGAAAUGAUGAAUAAAGGGUGUUAUUUCACAUCUCAAGGGCUCUCAUCAUGUUGCAAAACAUAUUUACAGUAAAAGGUCGUAAACAGUUAUUUUAUGCUCUGGUUAUGAAACUAUUUGAUUUAUGAUUGCUGAUUCUUACUUCACCCAAAUUCAUUUAUCCCAGCCAUGUCCAGAACCAAUUAACAGUAAUAAACGAGGGAUGGCUGUAAUUUGUUUAUAUCAAAGAAACAAUCACUGGUAGAAGUUAUAGAUGUGAUCUCCAUCACAAUUGUACAAACUCAAACAAUAUAUACUCGGUUGGUGGAAGUUAUUAUGAAAAAUCUAAGAUUUAAUUUGGGAUUGGUUGAUUGUGUGAAUGUGAGUGUGAAUGCUGUCUGUCUAUGUGUGUUGGCCCUGUGAUGAGUUGGGGACUUGUCCAGGGUGUACUCCACCUACUGCCUGAAUACAGCUGGGAUAGGCUCCAGCACCCCUGUGACACCGAGAGGGACAAGCGGUAAAAAAAUUAAUGGAUGGAUGAGGUUUAUAUGUUCAUUUUAAACACUCCACAAGGUGGUGCCAUAGCUUAUAUCUCAUUUGCAUUGAGAAUGAAAUCACUAUUUUGAAUUUUCAUCAAAAUACUAUUUGGAUCAUAUUUACAGAGAUAAAAAAACAAAACAUACAAACACUUGAUUAUAAGAAUAUAAUGUAUAUAAAACUAGAAUGAAAAUGAGGGGAAGAUAAAAAUGUAAAUGCAAAAAUGUCAUGGCUGACGUGGUGUUUACACCUUAACUACGUAACAAUCAGCAGAAUUCUUCUACGUUUCCUUUGACUAUGACUGAUUUUUGGGUGAUACACGCAUGCUUGGGCAAUUUGUUUAUACAAUGGCUCCAACACCAAAUGGUUCGCAAACGUGAAUCUGUUCUCAUCGCUCACUUCAAAGAGCCAUUGAAAAUAUUUGACUCGUUUGCAAAAGCCGCAUCUCUACAGGUGUGAGCGGGCCCAGGAGAGGGAAGGGCAGUCACAGUACGAGUGGUUUGGCGUGAGUACGCUCUUGGUCACAUGACUGUUGCCUAACUUUUUUUUGUACUCCAGGACAACAACAACAAAACCCACAAGUGUCUGUUUGUACUGUGGGUCUGCUCUCUUUUUGUCAGUGCUCUCACAAUGCCCUGUUUCUACUUCCUGCUAGCUAACACAAUACGCGCGCAAUCACCAUAUUGACCCUAAUGCAAGGCAAGGUGUUUUGCUCCUAGAAAACAGACGGGUUGUCUUAUAUUCAGGAUCAAAUGGUUUGUACGUGCAUCUUCCAACACUUUUUCCUUGUACAUUUUUGUCAUUUCCGCGUGCUUUUUGCUGUCGUUUUAACACCAGUCUGUAUGGCGUUCACGUUUGAGCUCUAGUGAAUUGAACCGUACCAGAAUUCUCUUGCGAGCAAAACCGAGCAAACGCACCGGAGUUCGCUUUUAAAAAGAUGAAGGUGUCGCGGCAUUGUUGAUAAAGACGGAUGCAGAUUUAUGGUCAACAAAACACCAAAGAACAACUGAGAAAUAUGAUGAACAAAUUAAAAUGAAUUCAAUCUGACAUUGAAAACAUUACUUGGGGGGGCGGGGGGCGGAAGUGGGUUUAUGUAACUCACCCACGUAACUUAGGUCAUGGUUCGAGAGUUCCAGUAGGACGGGCUUGAAGGGAACACAUUACCGUUGUUGUGCACAGACUAGAGAAAGGCACGGUUGUAGAGUACUCCUCCAUCGUUAUUGUAAGUGGCUAAAUGUCAUUAAAACAGUUAGUUCCCUCUUUUGACACUCCGCCUUACUCGCUACAAAAUGAUUAAUUAAACCUGUCCGACCGGAACUCUGUAACUAUAACUCAAGUUCCGUGGGUGAAUUAUGUAAACCAGUGGUUCUUAACCUGGUUUCGAUCGAAACUUAGGGAUUCGGUGAGUCGGCAUCAGGGGUUCGACGGACCCUCUGCCGCAGAGGUCGAGACACACCCGACUCAUCGUGCAAAUAAAGACUUCUCCAUAUCGGCGUAUUAUGGAUACGGCCACAGCAGAAGUCACACUGAUUUGCAGGUGUGUAAUUUGUUGUGAGUUCAUGCAUUCUGUUGGUUUUGUUCUUUAAACAUGUUUGCGCAUGGCUCAUUUUGUGCACCGGUUUAAAAAAAAAAAAAACUUUGACUUGAAUUUGAAAAAAAUAUAAAAAUACAUAUAUAUUUUUUUCACUAAAGAAGGAUUCGGUGAAUGCACAUAUACAACUGGUGGGGUUCGGUAUCUCCAACAAGGUUAAGAGCCACUGAUGUAAACCCACUACAGGGCGGUCUUAUAUUGAGUGUUGUCUUAUAUUGUGGUCAAUACGGUAUACGCAUGAUUGUGUUGAUGAUCAUAAGUGUGUGUACAUAUGUAUGUGUGUGUGUUGUUGAAUUAGACUCCAGUGAAAGCCAAAGUCCGUCACACAUGGCAUGAAGUGGACCAGAAAGGACCAGUUAUUUGCAAACACAUUAAGGUUUUUUGUUUUUCUUUUGCAACGUGAUUGUUUUCAAUGACGUACCAACAAUGUGUGUACUUGAACUACACGAUGUACUGUUUUGUUUUUGUUGAUUCAUGAUACUGCCUGCUUGGGCAAAAUAUGUGGCACCCUUUGGCACUGUACGACAUGCUAGCAUACAUGUAAUACAGAUGUCAUCAAAGUUGUAUCAUUAUUUGACAAAUACACAACGACUUACAGCCAACUAGUUGCUAUGUAAGCAUUGAUGCAGCCAUGUAUUUCAACUAUUUGUAUUCUAAUUUUACUCACAUGUGCCUGUCAGUUCCCAAAUGUUGUGGUGAUUCGACUCUAUACCCUUAAGUCACAGUUUGUAAUUUGUUGAGCUGUGUGAGAAAUGUCAAGUCUAUCCAACUUACGGGGGUUUAAUAAUUGCCGUAUGGUGUAUCUGUCAGAAAAAUGUUAGUACAAAUAACACAAUAUUUUGACUCAUUUUCAAUCGUUUAUGCACAGAGGUUCGGAAGUGGAAGAGUUACAUUAUGGUGUGGUAUGACUACAUGCUCAAAUUGUGAACAGAAGUAGGUGUUAUUUUUGGCAAACUAAAGGGUAUAUUACGUUCCUGUUGAUGUCCAUCAAUGAAACAAUCGUGAUACACACAUAAUGUUGAGUUCGCUUCAUGUUUAUCCAUCAGUGAAUUCAUGCUUAUCAAAAUGUGACUAGAAAUAAGAGUGGUGCUGAUGUGACAGAAAAAACACAAUGGAGGCACUGAAUUACAGCUGGUGGCUUUGUGCAGCCUGAUAA